AUGGCGGGCGAAAUGAAGGCGGCGGAGGCAACGUCUCCCUCUGCCUGUCCGCCUUGCGACCCGAGGGUGCCGUGCCGCUCCCGUGACUGGACCGCCGAGCUGCUCGGGGAAUACGGGCCCUUGGUGGAGAAGUUGGGCGCGGGGCAGGCUGUGGAGGCCGAGGCCCUCAAGCAGGCCGUGGCCGAGGCUAUCGGGAACUUUGAAACAGCUGUACAAGAGAACAUCACUGUUAAUGGGCAGCCGUGGCAGGAGUCAUCUGAUGAUCUUCAUAAUGUUGAUAUGACUAUCAAACUUCUAGAAGAUAAGCUAGAUGAUCUAAUAGUAGAGGUGGCUUCCAAGCGUAGUCGAUAUCCCAGGGAAGUGAAAAUUCAUGUUAUCAAGGCCCUCAAAACAAAGCAAAAAUUGUUGGACCAUCGUCAAACUGCUGGAAAUUGUCAAGAAAUAACAUCGAAACCUUCUCAAGAUUUCCAUAUGGCAGAUUUGAGCCUUGCCACAAAAAAUGCCACGAGACACAUUGGAGAAUCAUUUAAGUCUAUGUCGGUUCUUGUGGGAAAAGCAGAAGGCUUCUCAAAAGUUCUGUCUCUGGAGCCAACUUUGGAACAGUGCAAAGUCCACCAAGAAAUUGUCUAUGUCUCAGAAGAGAAAAAAGAGACCAAAAUCAAUGUCAAAGACCUCGCAUCACAAGUGGAAGUCAUACCCCCACUAACUGCUAUUAGUAACUCUGUUUUGCUCAAAAUAAAGAGACCAUUGCAUUCCCCACAGGAUCGCUAUCCGCUUCGACGAAGAAAGAUCAGUCUCUAUACCUGAGAACAACUGCAUGGCUUCAUAAGCUUCCUCUUUUUUAUAUGAAUUUGUCUGCAGCAACUAAGCACAAACUGCCAAAGCACCCGAAGUGGUGUCAUCUGGAAACUGUACAGUGACACAGAUCUCAGAUGGUAGUGUGGAGGAGUACAUUGCUAGAUAUUCUCAUAACUCUCAUCAAUAUUACAUUGAGUGCUUAUGUACAUUCUGAAUUAAAUUUGAGCAUUUUUCUUCAAAAUGGAAACCUGGAGCUGCUGCAUAGUCACUGCAUUAUAGCAAAAUGGGCAGCAACAAAACCUUGUGUUUCUUACAAAAGGUGGAGUCAUUCUCCAGUGAGUAAUUGCACAGUGUAGAAAGCUAUGUGUUAGGAUGCUCAAGAUUCUGGUUCAUCAUCCAAGGAUAAGAUUUCAUGUGGUCCUAUGUGUUUAGGAGCAGUUUUGCACAAAGUAUCUGCUCUUUUUUGAAAAAAGAAAAAGGAAAGAAAGGUCCCAACCCAGUUACAAAUGCCCAGUGCCUAAAGUGCAUGUGAAAGGUCUAUGUGGAUCACAACAUAGGUCUGCAUUUUUAAAAUCUAAUUUAUAUGCCUUGUUGCAGAUGGAUCUUUCACUAAACAUCUAAAAAGGACUUGGAGGAAGGGCUGUAAUUCAACAGGGCAACUUAUUCUUCACACCUGCUGUUUUGUUCCCAGAUUUCUCUUCUGCAACUGAUUUUUUAUUCCAGUAUUUAUUGGAAUCAUUCCUCUUCUGUCCAUAACAUCUUAAUUCAAAAUUGUUCUUUAGUGGAAACUCAAUCACCCAGUCCCAGAUCUGCUGCCAAACAAUUGGUUUUCUCAAGCAGCUUUGGAUAUAUAUACCUGCUUUUGAAAUGCUAAAAGAAAUAUUCACUCCCAUAAAGUGUUGCUUUUACAUUAAAACAGUCUAGUGGUGCAUAUUUCUGUCUGGUAUUAAAACAAUUAAAUCAGAAGGGCCCCCAAUACACAUACUGGUUUUUCAGUGUCUGCCCGAGAAAAGCCAGUUUAGGAUUAAUAGCUAUGAUCCCAUAUGACCAUUGCAUAUUAUGUAACACCGUAACUAUGGAGCUGUGUAAUGGAUCCUCUCCAGAUCCACCUCUCAAACCCUACUUACUGGUUAGCAGUUACUGGGAUUGAUGGUGUUCUCUUUCUCGAUCAAGGAAAAGGCCUCUGUCACUCAUACAGAGGGAAUGGGAAUAUCAGUCUGCUGCUUUUUGGUCAGCAAAAUCCCAUUGCGAUUUUCACGAUCUCUACUAAAAACUACAAAGGAGUUGUAAAUACAUAACUAUAGGGUACAUAAUCCUAAUUGCCUAAUAGGAUUCUGACCACUACUCUGUGUAUUGCUUAGCAAUUAUUUAAAGCACUCUUACUCUAGAAUUCUUGUGAGAAAAAAUUAAACUAUGUUAUUCUUCAGGUGAAUUCCAUAUAGAUAUAUAUCUGUGUUUUCUUAAAAGUGAGUGAUGAUGCUUUCUAGGUCUCUUUAAAACUAUAACCUUUUAAUUGAUGGUGCUAAGCUGACAUAUAUCCAAGGAAAGCUGCAAAGAGGCAAUUCUGGAGUUGGAAUUGCUGGACCUACAUGCUUAGGAGCUGCCACUAUAUGUCUCUGUGCUUGCUUUAAAACAAUACAUAAUGCUUUGGCUUGUACAGAAACUAUCAUAGAGGCAUCUGUAGAUUAAUUGUUUCUGUCUUUUUUUAAAAAAAGCUCAAUCUCCUGCCCUCCCCUGUCUAUCAAAAUUCUGAAUCCCCUAUCUUUUAAGAGUUCAUUAAUUUAUAUACCAUAACUGCACUAAAAAGGUUAGUUUUUGGAAUUUCCAAAAUUAGCACUUAAAGUGUUGUUUUCAUUUUUACUUAAAAAAAAUCCUAAUUAGUUUUACUGGGGAAAGCAUUGUUUCUAAAUGGGCAAAAAGAUUUUAUGUGAGUAAAAUUAUUAUUGUUUGGAUUUUUCAUAAAGUAACUAAUCAAAUAACAAAAUGUCUUUCAUGAAAUUUUAUUUUAAACACGUGUCUCAGUGGAGUAGUGUUUGCUUUCUGUACAUUUGUCUCUUCUGUAAAAUGUAUAUUUGUAUAUAAAGCUUUCUUUUUAUACACAUA